GUGUGUGUGUGUGAGUGAGUGUCCAGCUACGAGCUACGCUGUUUGAACACAUUUCUGGCAAAAGACACCGGUCCGGCACGCAUUUUAUCCCCCAUUACGCUGUGGUAGUAGCCGUAUAUUUUACCGUCAACAUGAAUCGGGCAUAGAUAUAUACACAAUAUAGACGCUGCCCUGCUAUCGCUAGCUAGCUAGCUAGCGAUAGCAGGGUAGCUAGCUAGCUAGGUGGAGAAAUUAAUUCACCUAGCUUCUGUUUUAAUCACUGCGGGUUGACACAACAUUAGCUGAGGCGUUGUUAAGUUGAACUAGCGGCUUAUCGGCUGCUGAAAUUCACAUUAUACUGAACAUUUCCGUUGAUGGUGAAGCGAGACGAGCUAAAUGGGACUUCUUUGGGAAUAUUUAUGUUGACGUUCCUGUCCUCAUCUCGUUUCCUUCAUACACAGCCGCUGCAGUUGACACACCUGACAGGAGUUGCUCCACUUUUCCACACUUAGUGCCACAGCUGAUAAAUUAACCGGACUUCUUUCAGCGGAUUGAUAGGUGUCCUCCAGAGUGAUCAGAACUGCAUCGAAACCACGCCGUGUAAUAAUAAUUGUUAGCUACAGGGUUUGCACUUGGCAUGCUUAUCAAGACCUUCCAUCCUUCAGAUGUUGACAAACUGUACAUCGGCUUUCCAGGAGAAUUACUCACGCGUAUGCUUCAGUUAAUGAUUAUUCCUCUAAUUGUGACAAGUGUGAUAAUAGGAGUUUCUGGUCUGAGUGCUGAGACCUCCAGAAAAAUAGCUGUGCGUGCAACAGUGUACUUUGUCUCGACGACUCUUCUAUCUGUGACUAUAGGAUUAAUAUUGGUACUGCUGGUCAAACCUGGGGCACCUUUUAUUAUUCCCCAUGAUGACCCAGAAGAUGAGGAAAGGUUAUCCAUAAUAUUUGACUUGCUGGAUCUAAUGAGAAACAUGAUGCCAGAUAAUCUGAUUCAGGCUGGCUUCCAACAGUACAAGACUAAUGUUCUGGAGUUUGAAGAUCUAUUCCUUGAUGCAAAUUUUAGCCUGACAACGAAUGGCACUCAAAGGCAAGUUGUGGGUUGCUAUGUCGAUGGAGCCAACACACUGGGCAUGAUUGUGUGUUCCUUUGUUUUUGGAUGGACCCUCAAGAAGAUGGGAGAAAGAGGCAAAGUACUCCUGAACAUCUUUAGGAUCCUCAAUGAGACCACAAAAUAUGUGGUUAAGUUGAUUUUGUGGUACUUGCCAUUAGGAGUUCUGUUCAUGAUCGCAAGCUGUGUUGUUGACGCUCAAAACUGGAAUACUAUCUUCAAACUAGGAAGGUUCAUGACUGUGGUUGUUAUUGGGCUCCUAAUCCAUGGAUUAAUACUUCUACCAAUGGUCUGUCUUCUGGGUGCGAGACGCAACCCCUGGUUAGUCUUUAAGGUUUUGUUUCCUGCCUUAAAGACUGCAGCGGUCACGGCUUCCAGCUCUGCCACACUGCCGCUUACUUUACAAUGCUGUGAGGAGAGAGACAUGUUUGACCGCAGGAUCGCUCGCUUCAUGCUGCCCAUUGGGGCUCAUGUCAACAUGGACGGAACUGCCCUCUAUGAGGUUGUCGCAGCAGUUUUCAUUGCCCAACUCAAUCGUAUCCAUCUGAACAUGAGCCAGAUAAUCACCAUUGGAGCGAUAUCAGCAGUCGCCAGCAUAGGAGUAGCAGGGAUCCCAGCGGCAGGAGCGGCAACCACCCUCUUUGUUUUGACUGCAGCUGGCUUACCUGUGAAGGAAGCUUCCAUCUUGGUGGUUGUAGAAUGGCUGCUAGACCGCUGCAACACUGUUGUUAAUGUUUUGGGAGACUGUGUUGGCGUGGCAGUGGUCAACCAACUGUCCUUAAAGGAACUGAGCGACAUGGAGGAGGAACAAAAUCAGGGCAGCACAAGGACAGCUAAUGAUGCUGGGGAUGAGGACUACCAUUCCAACAACUCUUUUAAGUCCCUUCAUACACUGGCAGAAAUGUCUUCACUCAAAGAAUAUAUUGUAGCAAAAUAAACAAUAAAAUAAA